UCUACGUAUGUACGUAACCACUGCAGUGUCAGGCCACGCCCCUCGUCGUUCACGGCAAAAUGGCGGCGGAGCAGUGUGAUGCUGUGAACAUGGACCCAGACCUGGAAAUCAUCAGUGACGAAGAACUAGAAAGGGAAGCAGAGGGCUUCAAAGAGCAAGGAAAUGCAUUUUAUGUCAAGAAGGAUUAUGCAGAAGCUUUCAACUUCUACACUAAGGCAAUUGACAUGUGCCCCAAAAAUGCGAGUUACUAUGGAAACCGUGCCGCUACAUUGAUGAUGUUAUGUCGAUACAGAGAGGCUCUGGAAGAUGCACAACAGGCCGUUCGACUAGACCAAAACUUCACAAAAGGUCAUCUGCGAGAGGGCAAGUGUCACCUGUCUCUGGGAAACGCGAUGGCGGCGAUUCGUUGUUUCCAGCGUGUUUUGGAGCUGGAGCCAGAAAACAGCCAGGCGCCACAGGAGAUCAAAAAUGCAGAAUCCAUUCUUGAAUAUGAGAGAAUGGCGGAGAUUGGAUUUGACAAGAGAGAUUUCAGAAUGGUUGUGUUUUGCAUGGACCGUGCCUUGGUCACAGCUAUCGCCUGCCACAGGUUCAAGAUCCUGAAGGCCGAGUGCUUAGCUUUAUUGGGACGGUAUCCAGAGGCCCAGUCUGUAGCAAGUGACAUCUUGCGUAUGGACUCCACAAAUGCAGACGCUCUGUACGUGCGGGGGUUGUGUUUGUAUUAUGAGGAUUGCAUCGACAAAGCGGUUCAGUUCUUCGUCCAGGCGCUGCGUAUGGCUCCAGACCAUGACAAGGCUCGACUCGCCUGCAGAAAUGCCAAAGCACUAAAAGCAAAGAAGGAAGAAGGAAACAAGGCUUUUAAGGAAGGAAAUUAUGAAGCAGCCUACGACCUCUACUCAGAGGCCCUCACAAUAGACCCCAACAACAUCAAAACUAAUGCCAAACUGUACUGUAACAGAGCCACUGUGGGGUCCAAGCUGAAGAAACUAGACCAGGCUAUAGAAGACUGCUCCAAGGCCAUCAAACUGGAUGACACCUACAUCAAGGCCUAUUUAAGGAGAGCGCAGUGCUAUAUGGACACAGAACAGUAUGAAGAAGCAGUUCGGGACUAUGAAAAGGUUUACCAGACAGAGAAGACAAAAGAACACAAGCACCUUCUAAAAAAUGCUCAGUUGGAGUUGAAGAAAAGUAAACGGAAAGAUUACUACAAGAUCCUGGGAGUGGAAAAGAACGCCACAGAAGAUGAAAUCAAAAAGGCCUAUCGCAAACGAGCACUUUUACAUCAUCCAGACCGUCACAGCAGCGCAACCCCUGAGGUACAGAAGGAGGAGGAGAAGAAGUUCAAGGAGGUGGGCGAAGCGUUCAGCGUCCUCUCAGACCCAAAGAAGAAAUCUCGCUAUGACACCGGGCAGGACCUGGAGGACGAUGGCAUGAACAUGGGAGAUUUCGAUGCCAACAACAUCUUCAAGGCGUUCUUCGGUGGACCCGGUGGAUUUAGUUUUGAAGCAUCUGGACCUGGUAAUUUCUUUUUCCAGUUUGGUUAAAGGGACCAGAGGUUUUCACCAACAUUUAAGGACACUCAGCAAAACUCCCCCAAAAACCCACUAUUUGUAUUUAAAAUCUGGCUGUUUACAAGUCAGUUCCUGUCUAUGCCAUGGACUGAAUGAAUGCAACCCUAUGACUACCACCUGCAGCAAAUUUGGCUCGCCCUAUAGGAACAACUGGCAAAUAUCACAUCUCAGGCUGUAUUACAAUUUUGAUUAGGCAAUAUUCUCUUUAAAAUUAUACAAACUUUAUUACAAAUGAAAGGAAGAAUUUUGGGCAGCUAAAUUUUCAAAAACAAUGCUGAAUUCAAUGUAUUAUUUUUGAAACUUAACAAAUAGGAAAGCUAUUGACUGGCUUGUCUCUACUUAUGCUGGGGGUAUGCAUGAAAGUUACUGGCUUACUUCAUGAUUUUGUUUUAAAAUUGGCAGUGGGCAAAAAACACCACCUAUUUUCAAAGACAUCAUGACAGUGCCUCCUUCUCAAAACCAAUUGGAAUAUUUGGACGUAAUUUGAAAUUGACAAAGCUGAACCCUAUACUUAAAAAAAGAAAUGUUGACUUUAUUAACAGUGCACUAUGUAAAUUUUUGGUUGGAGGUCUGUCAUCUACUUAUUUCUAUGGAUAUGGAUGUCAUUGAUCUGCCUGAAAUGUUCCACUAAAUGACAUUAAACAGCUCUAUCACAUGUUUGUUCAAAAACCUAAAAAAACAGGCGUUCUGACUGUGAGCAGGGAUGCCUCUCCACAGAUCUGACAUGUAAUUUGGUCUGGUUUGGUCUCCAUAAAGAUAGAAAGGUUUAAUACCAUACUGUGAAAUAUUCCAGACAAAGCAAUAGCAUCUCCCUGAAGAAAAGCAUCUGACGGACCCUCCACCAGAAACAUUACACAAUGCACCUUUUAAAGCUACCAUUUGUAACUGUAACUACUGGCCCCUGCUGUAUUCUCAAAUAUCAUCAGUAGGAUGCUACCUAUGUUACUGCUGCGUGAUAAUGUGUCAGCUUUGGCCUCACAGAAGAAGAGGAGAAGGGGAACAGGUUUCACAUCUUCCAUCUACUGGUGAAAAAAAAACAUUACAGAUGGUAGCUUUAAAUAGUUAUAUAACAUAUUUUUCCAUGUUAUUUUUAGUUUUUAUACUUUCAAUUAACAAAAUGGAAAUGUGAACGAACAACUUUUCAUUUUUUUUAGUGCAGGGGAGUCCAUUUAAGCACACUACAAAGAAGGAGAGGGCUAAGAUGGCCGCCAUCUCCUUGUCACUCGUUUUAUGUUUGAUGUUGCCAUUCACAAAUUGCUGCAAUGUACAUUUUACUGGAAUGUAAAGUGUUGAUUUGUGAUAGUUAUGUUUUCCUUUUUUAUUUUGUAUAUUUAUUGUAAAUUUGCAAUGUAUGAUGACACUUGAUGUUUUUUGUCAGAAUCACCUGUUAAGUAUUUGGUUGGUAACUGGUUUUGUCAUGUGGCUCUGAAACUGAAAGCGGAAUUUAAGGAGAAACUAAAAUGGAUUUAGGAAAAAAAAAAAAAAAAAACAUGGCAGACACAGCAGUUACCUCCAGAGAAAUGUGGUGAUUUUUGGUUAAAAACAAGGACGCUGUAGUCAUCUUUAGCUCACAGUUUUCACUCUUAUAGUGAAAAUCAUGUUCUCUCUGACCUUUAAAAGUACCAGCCAUGUUAAUAAAGUUGGCCUCUUCUGGAUUUUCCCCAAAAA